AUGGACAUUGAUAAUCCUCCUAUUCAAAUAUAUUUUUCAAAUGAUUUGAAAAAAUCAUGGUUUGAAGAGGCAUAUUUGUUAGGAUAUAAGUUUAAUAACAUUUAUAUUGUAUUUUGUUUAAUUCAUCAAGAUAAAUUACCUAAACUACCUCAAGAAUUAAACGAUUUGAAAAUAAUUGGAUCAUUGAAUAAAAAAACAAAGUAUGAUUUGAUUUUAAAAUAUGAUAAAAAGGAAAAUUUAUUAAGAAGUAAUGAAAAUGUAUAUUUAAUAUAUUUUGAUCCACCAAAUUUUAAGAAUUUGGAAUAUUUUUCAAUUAAUCCUAUUCUUUUACAAUCUAUGGGCAAUGAUGAUCAACAUCCAAAUGAAGAUCUUGAGUUAUAUCAAAGAUUAGAAAAAAACGAACCAAAAAGAAAAGUCAACAGGAAUCAAUCAUUUAUAUCUGAUGAUAAAGUACUUGAAAAGAUAAAUCAUCUUUACAGAAAUAGACUACGUUACAAGAAAUUUCAAGCAACAAGAGGUAGUGACUCCACGAUUAAUGAAAACCUAACAAAACCUAUUAUUCAUGGAGUACUCAUACCAUUAGUCAUGUUGAUUCAAAAAUUCCUCAUUAUUAUCAUAUCACUCAUUAAUUAUAAAUUUGUCAAGUCUUAUAGUCUAGUUGAAAUAUUUAAAGUCUUUAGACAUUUGGAUUUACGUUUAAAACAAUUUAAUUAUUUUCCAACACAAUUUUUAUGUUAUUAUGAUAAAAGUAUAUUAUAUUCACCAUCUGAUUCGGUAAAUAUUGUUGGUGGGUUGAAAUUACCAAUAUUUAAUAGUAAUUUAAAUAUUAAUAAUUCCAAUUAUAUUAAUUUAUAUAAUUCAAUCUGGUUAAUUAUUAAUGACAUUCUUCUUGGAGUCACAAUCUUUGGUACAAUUGAACAAAAAUUCCCAGACAUUGUACUAUUCAUUAAAGAGAAGUUAAUUGAAAAAUAUCUAUUUAAUGAAAUGUUAAAACUAAUAACUUGGAUAACUACAAAAAAUCCAGCAGGUUUUAAAUUAAACACGGAUUUGGGUAAGUUUCUCGGUGAUUUAUAUAUAUGGACCAUGUGGUUUUGGAAAAUAGUAGUUGAUCAAACAAAUACUACUAAGAAUUAUCAAUAUAUUUUGAGUAUUCUUAAAAUAAUGUGUUAUUUUGGUGGAUGUUCAUUGUUGAUAAGUUUUUUACUUGAUUUAAUUGGAUUAAUUACAAUUCAUAUUUAUGCAUUUUAUUUUUGUUCAGCAAAAGUAUAUCGAAAACAAUUGGAUAUUAUUAAAUCUUUAUUUCAAUUAUUUCGAGGUAAGAAAUAUAAUGUUUUGAAGAAUAGAAUUGAUAAUUUGAAUAAUUAUGAAAUUAAUAAUAAUGAUGCUUUUGAAAUUGAUCAAUUAUUAUUAGGUACUUUAAUAUUCAUGAUUUUGAUUUUUUUAUUGCCUACUGUUUUUGCAUUUUACCUUGUUUUCAGUUGUAUUCAUGUAAUUAUAUUGAUGACUUUUAAUUUGUUAGAAAAUUUAUCAAUUAUAUUAUGUUUCACUCCUUUAUUUGUGGUAUUGUUGAAAUUGAAAAACUCAAAACGUUUACAAGGUGGAAUUAAAUUUGAUUAUUUGGAUUAUAAACAUGGAAUGACAAUAAUUAAAUUAUCAAAUAAAUCAUUAACAUAUCUGGAGAUAUUUAAGAAUUUUAUAAAAUUAUUCAAGAGGGCAAAGAAUUUUCGUAAUUCCAUAUUGUUGAAAUUUUUAACUGGUCGUAUUAUUUCAAUUGAAUAUGAUUAUAAUUUGAAGUUUAAUUAUUUGAUGUUGCCACAAGAUUAUAGUGAAACAAUAAACGUUUGGAAAUUUGUCAAAUAG